AUGGGGAGGCUAAUCAAAAACCACUGGGGCCGAUUAAUUAUCCUCACGGCUGCUGCCUACCAAGUUGGCGCCGCCAUCGAGGGAUUCAUCUGGCCCAAAGUCUUCUGGGACUUCAUCACCAAAAACCUGAACGGCGCCGUAGCGCCCGUUCCGGUCCUGCAGAUUCUCAACCUAAUAAUGGGCCUACUCGGUCUCGCCUGGGAAUGGCCUCUGAAAUACUUCGCCGGGACAUUAGCACACCGGAGCAUCGAAGUGCGACUCAUCCUCUAUCCACUCAGUGCUCUACUCUCGGCGCUUCUCUACCAAGGCACGGAUCCCGCGAUAUACUACCUGGUUGGCAUCGGGGUCUACUUUUGGGCAUAUAGCGAAGGCGAGGUAUGUGCAUGCAUCAUUCAGCCUGCUUAG